GAAAGACUGCGAGCUUGGAAUUGGAGCUGCACAGCUUGGCCCAGGAGAAGUCCGACCUGCAGAGCAGGCAUGCCGCGAAAGUCCAGGAGGUGCAACAGCUGGAGGCGGAGCGGCAGCAGCUGAAGGUGGAGAGGCAGCAACUCACCUCGGAGAUCGAGGAGCUGUCGAGCGCCACCGGCACCAUGCGCGACGAGGCACAGCAUCAGCGACAGGAGAUGGAAGAGGCCUACAGCCGCCUCCAGGAGGAGCUGGAGAUGCAGCGUGCGACAUGUGCGACGCAUUUGGCGGAGGUAAAGGCGAAGGAGGUGGAGCUGCGGGCGGCCACAGCCCGGGCUGACGAGGCAGAAGCUGCAAGGGUCUCUUCUGUAGCCGCUGCAGAAGCGCGGCGUGAGGAGCUAGAGCAGGACUUCGGUCGGAAGUUGGCCACAGCGCAGGAGGAGCGAAUCUCCGCAGAGCAGACCGCAGGCGCCAAAGCCAAGCUGCAGCAAGACCAGCUCGCCACUUUGACUCGAGACCUUGAGGGCGCUUCAAAUGAGCUGGCGAAGCUCAGGGGGCAGCACCGGGACCUGGAGCUGGCGUAUCAAAGCAAGUCGCAGGAGCUCGACUUGGAGAAGCAGCGCGCAACAGAGGAAGGUGCUCGCCUCCAGCAAGAGCUGUCGGAGGUGCAGCAAAUGAAGGCGGAUGUUGAGGCGGCCUCGAGCAAGAACAGCCAGCAGCUCCAAGCGGACCUGGCAGCUAAGGCAGCAGAGCUGGCGGAGGAGUCCAAGGCGAGGGAGUCCUUAGAGGCCGCCGGCCGGCAGAUGCAGCAGCAGUGUGACGAACUUCAAAACCAGUGCAGACAGCGGUCUUCGGAAAUUCAGGAUUUGACUGAGCGGCUGGAAGCGAGCAACCUGGAAUUGACCAGAAAAACAUCAGCAUUCGAGAAGGGCGAGCGAGAAUUGACCAGUGAGAAGGCCGACUUGGAGCGGAGGUGUGGCGAUCUUCGGCAAGAAUGCGACAACCUGUCCGGGCAGGUCAGUGAUCUGUCGCAGAAGCUGGAGGCCGGCAGCCGGGAGCUGUCCAGAAAAACGGCCGACUUUGAGCAGGAGGGGCAGAAGGCGGCUGGGGAAAAGGCCGACUUGGAGCGGAGGUGUAGCGAGCUUCAGCAAGAGUGCGGCAACCUGUCCUCGGAGGUCCAGGAUUUGUCGCAGAAGCUUGAGGCAAGCAACCAGGAGCUGUCGCGAAGAAAGGCAGACUUUGAGCAGGAGGGUCAGAAGGCGGCCGGGGAAAAGUCCGACUUGGAGCGAAGGUGUAGCGAGCUUCAGCAGGAGUGCGGCAACCUGUCCUCGGAAGUCAAGGGCCUGUCGCAGAAGCUUGAGGCAAGCAACCGGGAGCUGUCACGAAGAACGACAGACUUUGAGACGCAGGGUCAGAAGGCGGCCGGGGAAAAGUCCGACUUGGAGCGAAGGUGUAGCGAGCUUCAGCAGGAGUGCGGCAACCUGUCCUCGGAAGUCAAGGAUUUGUCGCAGAAGCUUGAGGCAAGCAACCAGGAGCUGUCACGAAGAACGGCAGACUUUGAGCAGGAGGGGCAGAAGGCGGCCGGGGAAAAGUCCGACUUGGAGCGAAGGUGUAGCAAUCUUCAGCAGGAGUGCGGCAACCUGUCCUCGGAAGUCAAGGAUUUGUCGCAGAAGCUUGAGGCAAGCAACCAGGAGCUGUCACGAAGAACGGCAGACUUUGAGCAGGAGGGGCAGAAGGCGGCCGCGGAAAAGUCCGACUUGGAGCGAAGGUGUAGCAAUCUUCAGCAGGAGUGCGGCAACCUGUCCUCGGAAGUCAAGGAUUUGUCGCAGAAGCUUGAGGCAAGCAACCAGGAGCUGUCACGAAGAACGGCAGACUUUGAGCAGGAGGGGCAGAAGGCGGCUGGGGAGAAGUCCGACUUGGAGCGAAGGUGUAGCGAGCUUCAGCAGGAGUGCGGCAACCUGUCCUCGGAAGUCAAGGAUCUGUCGCAGAAGCUUGAGGCAAGCAACCAGGAGCUGUCUCGAAGAACGGCAGACUUUGAGCAGCAGGGGCAGAAGGCGGCCGGGGAAAAGUCCGACUUGGAGCAAAGGUGUAGCGAGCUUCAGCAAGAGUGCGGCAACCUGUCGCAGAAGCUCGAAGCAAGCAACCAGGAGCUGUCACGAAGAACGGCAGACUUUGAGCAGGAGGGGCAGAAGGCGGCCGGGGAAAAGUCCGACUUGGAGCAAAGGUGUAGCGAGCUUCAGCAAGAGUGCGGCAACCUGUCGCAGAAGCUUGAAGCAAGCAACCAGGAGCUGUCACGAAGAACGGCAGACUUUGAGCAGGAGGGGCAGAAGGCGGCCGGGGAAAAGUCCGACUUGGAGCAAAGGUGUAGCGAGCUUCAGCAAGAGUGCGGCAGCCUGUCGCAGAAGCUUGAAGCAAGCAACCAGGAGCUGUCACGAAGAGCGGCAGACUUUGAGCAGGAGGGGCAGAAGGCGGCCGGGGAAAAGUCCGACUUGGAGCGAAGGUGUAGCGAGCUUCAGCAGGAGUGCGGCAACCUGUCGCAGAAGCUUGAAGCAAGCAACCAGGAGCUGUCACGAAGAAUGGCAGACUUUGAGCAGGAGGGGCAGAAGGCGGCCGGGGAGAAGUCCGACUUGGAGCAAAGGUGUAGCGAGCUUCAGCAGGAGUGCGGCAACCUGUCGCAGAAGCUUGAAGCAAGCAACCAGGAGCUGUCACGAAGAGCGGCAGACUUUGAGCAGGAGGGGCAGAAGGCGGCCGGGGAAAAGUCCGACUUGGAGCGAAGGUGUAGCGAGCUUCAGCAGGAGUGCGGCAACCUGUCGCAGAAGCUUGAAGCAAGCAACCAGGAGCUGUCACGAAGAAUGGCAGACUUUGAGCAGGAGGGGCAGAAGGCGGCCGGGGAGAAGUCCGACUUGGAGCGAAGGUGUAGCGAGCUUCAGCAAGAGUGCGGCAACCUGUCGCAGAAGCUUGAAGCAAGCAACCAGGAGCUGUCACGAAGAAUGGCAGACUUUGAGCAGGAGGGGCAGAAGGCGGCCGGGGAGAAGUCCGACUUGGAGCGAAGGUGUAGCGAGCUUCAGCAAGAGUGCGGCAACCUGUCGCAGAAGCUUGAAGCAAGCAACCAGGAGCUGUCACGAAGAACGGCAGACUUUGAGCAGGAGGGGCAGAAGGCGGCCGGGGAAAAGUCCGACUUGGAGCGAAGGUGUAGCGAGCUUCAGCAGGAGUGCGGCAACCUGUCGCAGAAGCUUGAAGCAAGCAACCAGGAGCUGUCACGAAGAACGGCAGACUUUGAGCAGGAGGGGCAGAAGGCGGCCGGGGAAAAGUCCGACUUGGAGCGAAGGUGUAGCGAGCUUCAGCAGGAGUGCGGCAACCUGUCGCAGAAGCUUGAAGCAAGGAAUCAGGAGCUGUCACGAAGAACGGCAGACUUUGAGCAGGAGGGGCAGAAGGCGGCCGGGGAAAAGUCCGACUUGGAGCGAAGGUGUAGCGAGCUUCAGCAAGAGUGCGGCAACCUGUCGCAGAAGCUUGACGCAAGCAACCAGGAGCUGUCACGAAGAACGGCAGACUUUGAGCAGGAGGGGCAGAAGGCGGCUGGGGAAAAGGCCGACUUGGAACGGAGGUGCAGCGAGCUGCAGGAGGAGUGUGGCAGGCUGUCCUCAGACCUCAAGGAUACGUCACGGAAGCUCGAAGCGAGCAGCCAGGAGCUGUCACGUACGCAGGCGGAGCUGGAAAGCGAGCUGGGAAAAGCAGGUGAGGAGAGAUCCCUGCUGGAGAAGAGGCGCCUGGAGCUGGAGCGGAGCUGCGACGAGCUGCGGGAGGAGCGGCGCCAGCUGGGCUCCAAGCUGGAGGAGCAGGCGGAGCGCGCGGCCGAGAUGCAGCAGGAGGAGCUGCGCCAGCGGAGGGACAUGGAGGAGGCGCAGCGAGGUGCUGCAGAGCGGAGUGCCGCAGAGAGAGAUGCGCUUCAGCAGCAGCUGAGCCAGGUGGAGCAGGCCAAGGCGUCAUCUCAAGCGGAUGCAGAAACAAAGAGCGGGCAGAUCCGCGAUCUGGAAGCUCAGGUGGCCGCCCUCGACCUUCAACUGCGGACUGAAGAGCAAAGUGCUCGGGAGGCGUAUGACAAGCUGUCGCUGCAGUGCGAGCAGCUGCAGAAGGACUGUGAGCGACUGUCCUCGGAGGUCAGCAGCGCGGCGGAGCAGUUGGAGGCAAGCCACGAGGAGCUCACGAGAAAGGUGGCGGCUUUCCAGACAUCGGAGGAGCAGCUAGAGGCUGAGAAGGCAGACCUGCACAGAAGGUGUGAAGACCUGCAGGAAAAAUGCGCAAACUUGUCUUCGGCCGUUGACAACAGGGACAAGGAGCUCGACGCAGCGCAGAAGAGCUUCACUGAACAUGCGGCGAGUGCUGGGGCGGAGGCGGAGCAGCUGCGAUCGCAGCAGGCCCAGGUGGAGCAGCGCUUGAAGGAGGCAGAAGAGAGAUGCAGAACGCUGCAGUUGGAGUUUGAUGCCGAGGUGGCAGCGAUGAAGGAGGAGCAUGGCACAGCGAGGUGUGCCGCGGCCGCAGCGGAGGAGCACCUCCGCGCUGAGUCGGCCAACGCCCAAGAAGAGUUGGCGCGCCGGAAAAGCUCCGAGUUCGAGGAGGACCGGCAGCGGCUCGGAGGCGCCCAUGCGGAACUGGACCAGCGGCACCGGCUCCUUGCUGGGCAGCAUGAGACGCUGCAAGCGGAGCACGUGCAGCUGCAGGAGAAGCACGAGGCUCUGUCCAGUUCUGCAGCGGCCCAGCGGGAAGAGGCAGAAAGGAAGCAGAAGGAGCUGGAGGAAGCGCACGGCAGCGCGGCGGAGGAGGCGCAGCAGCUGCAGCAGCGCCUGGCGCAGAGCUCCCAGGAGUCGGAGGCGCUUUUGCAGGAGCAGCAGCGGCUCCAGAGCCAGGUGGAGGAGCAUUUGAAGACAACAAGCCGGAUCUCGGAGUCCUGCUCUGAGCAGGAGCGCCAGCUGGCAGAGAAAGAGAAAGAGGUCGAGCAGCUGAAUUUCAAGAUGCAGCAGUUGAAGGAUGACCUGGAGCAGGAGAAGCAGCAGCUGCUCGCUCAGCUCUCCAACAUGGAGACAUCCUACGAGCAGAAGCUGACCACCAUGGAGGAGCAGGCCUCUUGGUCAGCAUCAGAGCUGAGGAAUGAGUACAAGCAGGAGCUGGACCAGGAGAAAGCUCUGUUUGAGGAGUCCCUGGCCGCAGCAAAGCGGAGGCUUGAGCAGGUCCAGUCCGAGCACAGUGCGCGCAUUGCCAAGGAGGAGGGGGAGGCCGCUGAGCUUCUUCGCCGGCACCAGGAGGAGCUCACGAAGCUCCAGGCAGCUUGCGCAGCCACGGGGCAGAAGUUGGAGGAGGAGCGAAUGCAAACAACUAGUCGGAUCACUGAGCUCAAUGCUGGCCACGACCGCAAGGUGGCCGAAAGGGAUGAAAAGGUGGAGCUGCUGGGUGGGCAGCUGCGGGAGCAGGCCAUGGAGCUCGAGAAGGAGCGCCAAAGCCACGCAGCACGAGUCGCGGAAAUUGAGGCGUCCUAUGAGCAGAAGGUGUUUACCCUCGAGGAGGCAGCCACAGCGCUGAAGUCCGAGUAUCAACAGGAUAUGGAUCAGCAGAAAGCCCACUUCGAGGAGUCGCUAGAGCAAGCUGCGCAGAGGCUGGAGAACCUACAGGCCACGCACGGCAAGAGCUUGGAGGAAAAAGAGCAGGAGGCGCUGGAGUUGCAAGCGCGGCAGAAGGAGGAGAUCCAGCGCCUGCAGGAUCAGCACGAUGAGCUCGCCAGGCAGCUGGAAGAGCACGCCAGGAACAACUUCGAGGAGAUGCGGCGGAAGGCUGAAGACCUGCAGGGGAAGAGUGACCAGUUGCAGCAGGAUUUGGCACAGGCACAAGACCAGGCCCAGAGGCUUGCAGCGGAGAAGGAAGGCCUCAAGAGCGAGAUGACUCAGGCGCAGAUUGAUGCGGAUCACCUCAUUGGCGAGACCAAGGCCAGCUACGAGCGGCGGUUGCUGGAGAAGAGCCAGGCUCUGGCUGAGAUGGAGGAAGCCUACCGAAAGGUUGAGGCAAAUUACGACGCUUGCAUCAAGGAGCUUCAGGCAGCUCAAGCAGACUACAAUGACCGCGUGCGCGAGAAGGAGACGGAUCUCGCCGACAAGACGGCCCGCAUCAGGGUCCUUUCCAAUGACUUGGCUGAACAGGACCAGAAAAACGCACACCUGGAGGCGGAGGUCGCGCAGUACCAAAAGACCAGCAUUGAAAUGGAUCGGAACAUUGCAGAGCUUCGGUCGGCGAACGAGCGCACGGUGCAGCAGCUGCAGGCAGACAAGGACCGGGCCGAGCAAACCAUCCAGCAGCUCCGUGCUGAUGUCGAACUGCUUGAGAGGGAGAAGGACCAGGUCAUCAUGGACAAGGAGGAAAUGCGGCAUCACCACGAUCAUGAGAAGCAGGAAAUGAGUAAGAAGACGGAGCAGUUCUACGAGGAGUGUGCGCAGCAGAUGAAGAUGAACGACGACAAACUGUCCAAGACGAUGGCAGAGUUCCGCUCUGAGCGAGACAGGCUCUCAGCGGAGAAGGCGGAAAUGAACCGCCGCAUGCAAGCUUACAGGGAAGAGUGCCAAACGAAGAUGAAGCAAGAUGAGAAGGAAAUGAUCGCUCGAAUGGAGGCAUUCCGCGCGGAGUGCGACCAACGCAUGAAGGAGGAGCAAGAGUCCAUGGCAAAGAUGACGCAGGAGUUGCAUGACCGGGCGCAUGAGCAGGUGGCCAAAGAGCAGCAGGCGGCUGAGCGCCACAUCCAGGAGAUCCGGAAGCACACGGAGGAGCAGCUCCAGUCGGAGCGGGAAGUCUCUGACAGUGUGAGGCGUGUGCUACGAGAGCUCCCGCCGCUGCAAGCAGCCAUGGAGCUGGGGGACUUGGCAGGCCUGGAGAUGGAGCUCAGCAAGUGGCGGGGCCAGGUCCUUUCCGAUCGCUUUGGAGACUGCAGGGGUGUGGUCGAGGCCGUGGUGAACAUGGCGAAGGAGAGGGUGGUGACCUGGCGCGGGGUGGACCAUACCUGGAAGGAAGUCAUCCGCGAAGUUGAGCGGCUUCCUGGAAGCCUGUCGUCCUUGACCAACCAGUGCCAGCGCCUCUUCCGGGCGCUGAAGGAGGCGCAGCUCACGAAGCCCGGGGCCCAUGGGGCGAUUUGUUUCUCCGUCGACGGGUCGACUCAGUCGGGCGCAG